AUGUUUCUCCUAUACCAACCCCAAACCCUGCAGUUCUAUGUGGUUAGCCCCAGUUUCGAAGAUGCCGCACGGCGGUCGUUUGAAGCCCCGUUCAAGUUGCCGGCGGCUUGGCCAGUACUCAAAGAUGCCUAUCUUGCCUAUGCGGGCGGUUUGAAAGCAUUUCACGCUGAAAGGCCGAUUGAUGCGGAUGUGGAUGCGAAUCUCUGCCAUGCAUCCUCCGCCAUGAGAACGCUGCGCACGCUGUCGGUUGCAAGUUCAGAGGAUGCGGCGUUAUGUCUUACGCUGGGGAUCGUAUUGGCACUGUAUAUCUAUGGAGCCGUUGGCGUUGGUGUACCCGACAUCUGCUGUUACUGUCUCAGUGCUGCCAGGCCUUUUAUUGAGCCCGCCGCGUCCAUCCCGGAAACAGAGCCUCAGCUCAUCUUUCUUGUCUUGUUGGAGACCAUGGACUGCACGGUCCACCGCCGAAAGCCGACAUUGAGGAUCCGGUCCCCAGCACCGGGACGUGUGGAUCGCCACUUGGGGCUCUGCCUCCCAUUACUCCCCUACUAUUACGAUCUCUGUGUCAUCAGCCACUCGCUGAUCGACGCUAGCAACGCCAGUUUCAUAUUCACCCUGCACCAACAUCUCGAGAGGAUUCAUGGUGCCGUGAAUGCAUGGCAGCCAUGCCCACCGGAGCGUUUCGUCCACGACUUCUCAUCGGCCGAAGUGGUCCACCUCCUGGCUCAAGCUAGGGUAUACCGAUUGGCAGCCCUGCUGAUGGCUCACCGACUGCAACAUAAAUUUGGACAGGAGGACAUUCAAGCGGAUAUCUGGUCGCGCGAGGUGAUUAUGGAACUCGAGCUGGCUCGACGGACGACACAACGACCCUUCCGAUUUGUGACGCUCCCAUUCAUUAUUGCUGCGAUCGAGAUUCGAGACCCGGUCGCGCGGACCAAGGCAGUCCAGGACGUGGACGAGUACGUUGAUCGAUUUAUGCCAGUCGUACAAGAAGCAACCAAGACGUUUUUGUGGCGGAUCUGGCGCGAGCGGGAUACUAAGGCAAUAUGCUCUUGGUUUGAUUCGGUUUACAAGCCAUGCGUCAUAUUGAAUUCUCUCAGAGUUUCUAGCUGA